ACUAGCCAACGAUAGCCACAAGUCCAAGCCGCGCCAAGCGUGUUUCCUUUUUGCCGUGUGCGCGUCGCGAAAAGCGCCCUGAAUGUGUUAUCGUCGGUGUGUUGGGAGCUUGUGACCCCGAUCCCCUUCGAGCAUGCCGCACGGCGCCGCAAAGCUCCCGACUAUCCGCCGGUGACCCGGCGAAUCCUAUCGACGUGUUUGAAGAGCAUCUCCGCGGCGCUAGCCGAUAGCUUCCUCUCGAGUAUCUGGCGGGCCAAGCUCAACGGGUCAAAAACUUGGUUGUUGUGCGAUCGUCGUCAGCGCUGCCGCCACCAUGAACGUCAAAAUGUUCAACGUGAUUCUGCUCGGUUUCGGCUUCAUGUUCGUCUUCACCGCUUUCCAAACGGGCGGCUUGAUACAGAAAAUAAUCCUAGACAGCAUUCAGGCAGAAGACCCAACUUACACGGGAGAUGGCUACGUCAGUCUGGCAGUCAUCUAUGCCGUCUUCGCCAUCUCCAACUGGAUUUCCCCGUCCAUCAUCACCUUCCUGGGUCCCAAGUACACCAUGUUUGUCGGGGCCGUUACUUACAAUAUAUUUAUAGCGCAGUUUUUAGUGCCAGUGACAUGGGGUCUCUACGCAGCCUCCGUAGCCAUUGGAUUUGGUGCCGCACUGAUAUGGACAGGCCAGGGCAACUUUCUAACCAUCAACUCCAACAGCACUACAAUGUCCAGAAACAGUGGCGUUUUCUGGGCCAUGCUACAAUGCAGCCUAAUCUGGGGCAACAUCUUCGUGUACGUCCAGUUCCAAGGCCUGGAGCACAUAGACAAGGCCACCCGCACCACCGUGUUCGGGGCCCUCACGGGGGUGGGCAUCCUCGGCAUGCUCCUCAUCCUCAUCCUCAGGGGAGGGGGCCUGCCCAGCAGGUCCCUGGCCGCCGACUCACCGGAAGGGGAGGGCGCCCCUCCCAGUGUGGUCAAGCCCGCCGGAUCUUCCGAUUUCGUUCAGGCACUGGUGAAGUCCCUCAGGCUCGGAAAGACUCGUAAGAUGCUCACGUUGAGUGCCUCUUUUUUUUAUACCGGGCUAGAGCUUUCCUUCUUCAGCGGUGUCUACGGCGCCUGCCUCGGUUUCACAAAGAGCUUCGGCAAGGACUCUUCCAAGUUCCUCGGCAUCAACGGCCUGCUCAUUGGCGCUGGAGAAAUCACGGGCGGCCUGGCCUUCAGCAUCCUGGGAAAGCAGACGAACAAGGCAGGUCGGGAUCCCAUAGUGCUGUUGGGGUUCCUGGUACACAUAGUGGCCUACUACACCAUCUUCAUCAACCUCCCGGCAAACUCAAACUUGGCCGCCACGUGGGACCGGGCAUACAUCGAGAGCAACUUGUACCUGGCCUUUGUGGGCAGCUUCCUUCUCGGCCUCGGGGACAGCUGCUUCAACACUCAGCUCUACUCUCUCCUCGGGUUUGUGUACUCCGACGACAGUGCCCCUGCGUUCGCCAUCUUCAAGUUCGUUCAGGCGGUGGCGGCAGCGAUGGCCUUCUUCUACUCCAACUACCUGCUGCUCCCUUACCAGCUGCUCAUCCUGGUGGUGUGUGCCACCCUGGGCACCCUGUCCUUCUGGCUCAUCGAGUGGGAGACCUACGUCGAGCACAAGGCCUCCCGCCCCGACCGGUCCAACGAAUCAUCCACCUCCUCCUCUGCCGCGUCACCACAGGAACAGCCCCAUGUAGAAAAGCUGUGAGUGGGGCUUCGUGGAAUCUCUAUCGAAAUUGAGACUGCUGGGACCUGUACGAGAGCUUGAAGUGAUGUCUUCGAAAGACUUCUUUGGACGAAGUUCGUAGAUGAAGUCUUCAGGCAUCCUCGGGAUGAUUGCUUUGAUGAAGACCUCAAACGAAGACUUCCUCUCUUCAAGUCUUCGAACCAAGACUCCAGACGAGUUAUCGAUAAAGUCUUCAGGUUAAGUCUUGAAGCGACGUCUUCAGACGGAGACGUUUGACACGAUUCCUUAACUGAGGGGUCUGGGAGUCUCAGUUUCAUCUAAAUGGUGUUCCUGGACUGUGUGCUUGUGCAGUGCUUACCGGACAGUUUUUUUCAUGUCCAGUCUUCCAAUGACACGUUUGUGUACAUGUGAUCCUGUUGAAAGCCACCAGGUAAAGCCUUCGGACAGGCUUUUAAGAUGAGGUCUACAUGUAAGGUGCUAUACAUAAUUACACUAGGUGAAGUGUGUGCAUCAAUGUUCGGGAUAAAGUGUCUGAAGUUUAGGUAAGGUCGUGAGGUCCACAAAUGAAGUCCAUGGGUCGUAUCAUUGGGUGAACAUUUCGGUUCACAUGCCAAGAUUAAGUCUUUGGUCAAAGCCCUGAAUGACAAUGGCUUUCCAGUGGCUAUGGCAUGGCUUACCACCAUUCCAGAGAUUGUCUUGGACAACACAGUUAUUACAUUGUUUGUGUGUUUGUAAAUGUGAUUCAUUAUUGUUAAGUUUGCGCCCGAAAGUGCCAUGGAUUUUGUAAAUACUAUAUAUACUACAGUAGUAUGCAUUCCCCAGAAUGGUGGAGAAUUAUUUUUUACAGCUAGUUUUGAGAACUCGCCAUCUUUGUCAGAAGUUCCUUCUGGUGUUCGACUGCGGUUCUUAAGCAAUAUUUUGAUAUACCGUAUAUAGGAAUGUAGCCUACAAAUAUUUGCAAGUUCUCGCUAUAAUCUAGACAUAUUUUCAUUUAGAAUCACAAUUAUGAAAAUGUGCAUUAAAUGUGCCCAUGCUGAUGGCACGUCCUCACGACGUGUAAUAAAGUUUUGUUUUCCUUGAA